AUGAUACAACCACGAAUGCUCUCCCGGGAAGAUGAGGGUGGUCCUGGUAGCGAGGAAAAUGAGGUCCGCCGCGAGGAUCAGGAGAAGAUCAAUCGAUUUAGCCGACUGCACCAGCGCGAGGCUGUGCUAGAGGAUCAAUUGAAGGCGAAACAGAAGGACAAGGAGGACCUGGAAGAAAUCUCCAUGGAGCUGGAACUCGCCGACGAGGACGAGCUCGUGCCGUACAAAAUCGGCGACUCUUUCUUCCAGCUGCCGCUGGAAGACGCGCAGUCCAUGCUCACCACGUCCACGGAGAAGAUCGACACAGACGUAGCGACGCUGGAGGACUCGCUGGGCGAGCUGCGUGAGGAAAUGCAGCAGCUCAAGGUCGCGCUCUAUGCGCGGUUCGGACGCAGUAUUAACCUGGAGACCUGA